GGAAUGAGUAGCUGGGUGGAGACAUUAGUCUGUUGGAAAUUUGGUGGGUUAGUUCAAGCCCAUAUGCUGGAAGAAAAGAUUUAUCGAUGGAUUUGCUCAGCAGAUCCAAGAAACACAUGGUGUAUGUUUUCUUCAAAUCGAACACUGAAUUUCAUUAACCUGUGCUAUUGGCUCCCCCUUUCUCUUAACAGAUUGCUUCUUUUUUCUACUCUUUUUGCCUUUUUUGUUUUUUAUACCAUAGUAAGCUGUUUACUAAAUUAAACUCUUUGGGAUAUAUAAGUACAAAGACCACACUUAGGUCAUGUUAAGAAGAGGGAGUUCAGUUACUUGAGAAUACAUGUAGACUGGAAACAACCACAAAGUUUGAGCAGCUGGAGCAAACCAGGGACCAGAGGACGCUACUUCACUGUUCAGCCAAGCAACACAGAAAGCAUGGUUCCCAGCCACGAUGUCCAGAUCCAGACUUUGACGUUCUUCUCUCACGGAAUGAGUCUGCGUCUUCAGCCAGCCAGCACCCAGUACCAGUAACAGGCUUAUCUCACACUGAUCAGUGCCCACAGUUUGCUGAAUGUAGACAGUCAUCAGGCUUUUCUCCAGUCAGCCGAGCUCCUACCAGUGGAGGAGAUUCUUGUGCACAAGGCAGCAGCAUCAGUUGCUCAGAGAGGGGAGCAACCCUGGUGUUCCAGCUCUGACUCUGGGAGUUUGGAGGCAUCUGCAUCACCCUGAGUCUAGGACACUGACCCAUUCCUCCUUAAAUACCACUGGCUGUGUGUAGAGGAGAGUUUCCAGAAGAUAUGGGAUAAAAGAUAAGAUUAUAACCUAACUACUACAAUGAGAAAAUUGAGACAGUAAACAUAAAGCUACCAAAAAUUUGAGCAGAACUGGAAAGACUGGAGUUCUUUUGGAGGUAAAAGUACUUAAGGUUGCCAGGAUACAUCCCAGCGACAAAGGCUGGGGUUCCUGUUCCUGGCGGCCAGCCUCACAACUACAUCAACUCCCACAAGAGGAGAUAUGAAUCGUGGAGCUCCCAGCUAUUCUACUCCUGUUUCCACCAGCUUUCCCACUGAGGGGUUCAACAGGCCAUGACAGAAGCCAAAAUAGAAAGAUAAAGAACAAAUGUUACAAGAUCUUGGAGGCAUCUGAGGUUUCAUGGGGACUUUCCAGCAUUCCAGACUGCUGCCCUGCAAUGAAGCUCUGAGUCAUAGUCUUUGGGCCUAAGGUACUGGCUACGAUGUGGAACCCCAGGACAGCCAACCUGACUAACCUUCACUCUAAGCAGAAGCCCAGAAUGAGCCUGGCCUAAAAUCACAGUAAGCACUGAAGACUUCUUUGUUAAUGGAAAGAGGAAAGGAGAAAAGGGUUUCCAACACACUGCAACAGUCUUUCCACCAUUCCAAAGAGCCUACCUUUCUUAUAAACGAAGCCAUUCUAUCUAGUGACUCUCAUUCUAGCCUUUUGCCAGAAACAGAGCAUGUCAAUCCUGGUGCAAAAAUAAAGACAAACCCUCAGAAAAAUAGACCUGGAACUGUGAUACUCUCAAAACGGUCCAGUAGGAGGAUUAUGUCGGAAAGCCAGCCCAGCCCCCCUGUGAUCCCAUCCCGCAGGCCUGGGUUCCGGGUGUGCUAUGUCUGUGGCCGGGAAUUUGGGUCCCAGUCACUUGGCAUUCAUGAGCCCCAGUGCUUGGAGAAGUGGCGUAUUGAAAACAGCAAGUUGCCCAAGCACCUGAGGAGGCCAGAACCUUCCAAACCUCCGCCUCUCAGCAGCAGCGGGUCCUACAAUCUUCAGGCAGCGAAUGAGGCAGCGUUCCAGAGUUCUCAGGCUCAGCUGUUGCCCUGUGAAUCCUGUGGCCGCACAUUCUUGCCAGGUCGUCUUCUUGUUCAUCAGAGAAUCUGCAAGCUGAAGGGGGAGAUGCCCAGAGCACCAAAUCCCAACUGUUCUGAUGACCUUGCUGGUCUCAAGAAAGCUUCUGGUGGUGUCCCAACCCAACCAAGAACUCUCAUCUGCUACAUUUGUGGUAGGGAAUUUGGCACCCUGUCCCUUCCUAUCCAUGAGCCCAAAUGCCUGGAAAAGUGGAAAACAGAAAAUGACCGGCUUCCCAGGGAGCUCCGCCAGUCACUCCCACAGAAGCCUCAGCCCCUUCCAACUGGACAGUCCAACCAAGAGGGGCCAAGUCAAGCUCAGCUCAUGCCCUGCCCAAACUGUAGCCGGACCUUUGCCCCUGACCGCCUUCUGGUACACCAGAGAAGGUGUAAAGCUCAACCUAGUGGGCCAAAAGUUCAGGAUUUGACCUUAGGGAGUAAAGGUGGCCUGAAAGAGUCCAAUAGCUCCAAGCAGCAAAGGAACAUGGCGGCACCUACUAUGACUGAUAAGCCAACAAUGAUAAGGCGUCCACCAACAAUUGUUUGCUACAUUUGUGGUCGUGAAUAUGGAACAAAAUCAAUUGCCAUCCAUGAGCCACAAUGUCUGAAAAAAUGGCAUAAUGAAAACAACUUAUUGCCUAAAGAGUUAAGGAGACCGGAACCAAAAAAACCAGAACUCAGGACCAUCACUGCCAAGGGUUUCUAUGAUCUCGAUGCCUUAAACGAAGCUGCUUGGACAAGUGCCCAGAGCCAGUUGGUUCCCUGUAAUAUCUGUGGGCGUACCUUCCUGUCAGACAGACUGAUUGUUCACCAACGAUCCUGUAAACCAAAAGUCGCCAAGUAAAGCCCUGUCUCUCUACUAAAGAGUUACAGAAAUCAAAUCCUUUUGAAAGAGCUAGGAUAGGGUGGGGAGGAGAAAUAGAAGGGGAGGAGAGGAAACAAGGAAAACUGAAAUGACCAAAGGCCAUCGGGCAUGGGACGCCAAGCUCAGUGCUCUGGUCGCCUGGCGUGAUCACUGCGUCACUGCUUUUACUCAGUGGCUGUGUGCGUGUGCCGAGUCACGUCCGGGGCCUUGAAUGUCACAUGGUUGUCAGGCAGAAUUACACGUGGGCCACACCUUAUCAGAGCUGGCAUUUUUAUCUCCAGGAAAUCUCAGAGCCAACUGUUGCCAUUUUUCUUCUGGUCUGUUUUCCUGAACAAGAUUUUGAACCUCACAA